CGUAGCGAGAUAGAAAAUCAUUAAGUUCGCUCAUGCUCAGUCCGCACCAUCUCAGAGAUGCUGCGUGAAAUUGCUCCUGCCAAAACAAUACCCAAUAUCCUAUCGCUUGCUUAUAAACGCAUAAAUGCGUUUAUAAACUUAUUUAACACGUGUGUUACAAAUUUCACCCCUUCCUUCCCACAUGUUGCUUUAUAAUGUUAUUUUCUAUAAAACGUGUUCGAGCCAAAGUGAAGUCGAAAGUUUUCUAUUGUUUGAGAUGCGGCGCGAAAACAGCCGCCUUCUUGUUUUGGGCGACUCUCUACUUGAUUGUAAUGAGACUGACUGUGUUCAAGAGUGGAGAAAGCAAACAAGUGAAGGACUGGUCCAUGAUACCUGACAAUUACACUAAGUGGCUGAUACAAGGCCCAGUUUUAGGCGAGGAUACUCCGGAGGAUUUGGCAAACAAUUUAUUAGAACCCGACAAUGUGACGGUUUCCGAAUUAGAAACGCGAGCCGCCAAAGUCCAAGAUGUCUGUCGCGAUCGCACUCUCGACUCACAAACGAUCAACAACAAAGAGUUCUUCGUGGACCACGCACAUAACCUCGUGUGGUGCAAUAUUUUCAAAGCUGCAAGCUCUUCGUGGUUAUACAAUUUCAAUAUUUUAGGUGGUUACGACAAAAAGUUUCUGGCACGAACGCGACACACGCCUCUGACGUUAGCACGGAGGAAAUUCCCUCGGCCCAGUGAAGAGGAACUGAGAGAUACCAUCACUACACCCGGGGUUAUAUCUCUGUUAGUUGUACGAGAGCCAUUCGUUAGACUGCUAUCAGCUUACCGCGACAAAUUGGAAUACAUCUCGCCUCCUUUUUAUAGAAAACUAGCCAAAGCUAUCGUAGCAGAACACAGAGAGGAAGCGAUUAAAGUUUUAGGACCGAUCAAGAGUUCUGGGCCUACAUUUUACGAAUUUGUAGCUUACUUAAUAGCAAAGUAUAAGGCACAAGGCCCUAAGAUGGUCUACGACGAACACUGGGCGCCGUAUUACCAAUUCUGUUCGCCGUGUGCUGUCAAUUUCACGGUAAUAGCUAAAGUUGAGACUCUAUCCAGAGACUCGGCGUACGUGAUACAACAACUGGGGCUAGGUCAAGUCUUGGAAAAGAGGGUAAGAGAUCGCAGAACGAGACUCCGAACUGUGAUGAAUAAAUCACGAGAUGGUAAGAAUACUUCGGCCUUGCUUAGACAUUAUUUUGGACAAUUAGACGAAAGUAUGCUUAAUGAGUUGUUACGUAUAUAUGGUUUAGAUUUCGAAAUGUUUGGAUAUGAAACAAAUGUUUAUAAACGUUACGUAAGACACAGAAAUAUUUAAAUUUUCGAUAUAUAGUGCCAAUACAAAUGUUAAAUAGAAAGUACUAUAUAGAAUGUCCUUACUCUUUUUCUGGGAAUUCAUACAAGAGAUAGAGAACGACUUUAGAAAGCCUAAUAAAUCCAACCGUAGAUUUUUAAACAGGUAAAUUUGAAAGGUAAUUUUUCCAAAUGUUUGCACAUCACUGAAUUUCUAUAUUAUACCUUAAAUACUUCUUCAAUAAAAUUGA